CCCUCAGAGGCGCUCGGCGGGCGCGGGGGGCGAUGGCGGCGGCGCCGCCUUGGGGGUCCGGGUGCGUCCGGCCCCUGCCCGCCCGCGGCUGGUACCUGUCCGCCCGCGAGCGGCGGGAGGAGGACGACGAGGAGCAGGAGGAGGACCGGGAGACCGCCCCGCUGCUGCCGCCGCCGCCGGGCAGCGUGCGUAGUUCUUCAAGUCAUGGUUCUUCCUUUGCUUUCUCAGUGUUUAACUUAAUGAAUGCAAUCAUGGGCAGUGGGAUACUUGGCUUAUCCUAUGCCAUGGCCAACACAGGGAUCAUGGGGUUUAGUAUCUUGCUGCUGCUUGUUGCCAGCCUUGCUUCUUACUCUGUGUUUCUCCUGCUCAGUAUGUGCACUCAGACUGCUGUCACUUCUUAUGAAGACCUUGGCCUUUUUGCAUUUGGAUCAACUGGAAGGGUCCUUGUUGCAACUACAAUAAUUAUCCAGAAUAUUGGAGCCAUGUCAUCUUAUCUGUUAAUUGUCAAGUCUGAACUUCCUGGGGCUGUUGCUGGGCUUUUGAGUGGAGCUGAGAGCGGGUCUUGGUACCUCGAUGGGAGACUGCUGCUGCUGCUUACUUCAGUCUGCAUUGUUUUUCCUCUUGCCCUUCUUCCUAAAAUUGGCUUUCUUGGCUACACAAGUAGUUUAUCAUUUUUCUUUACGGUGUACUUUACUCUUGUGGUUGUGAUUAAAAAAUGGUCGAUUCCUUGUCCUCUACCUCUGAGUAGUGCCAUAGAGACUUUACAGGUUUCAAAUUCUACUGGGGAUUGUAAAGCAAAGCUCUUUCAUCUUUCAAAAGAGAGUGCUUAUACAAUACCAACUAUGGCCUUCUCUUUUCUGUGCCAUACCUCAGUCUUGCCAAUCUAUUGUGAGCUCCAAAGUCCAUCCAAAAGGAGAAUGCAGAAUGUAACUGUCACAGGAAUUGGGCUGAGUUUCCUAAUUUACUUCAUAUCUGCUCUCUUUGGGUACCUGACAUUUUAUGACAAAGUGGACUCUGAGCUGCUGCAAGGUUACUCCAGGUACCUGCCCCACGAUACCAUCAUCAUGACUGUGAGAGCAGCCAUUCUGUUUGCUGUGCUCCUGACAGUCCCUCUGAUCCAUUUCCCAGCAAGGAAAGCUGUGUUGAUGGUAUUUUUCUCUCAUCUUCCUGGGUCGUGGAUUUGCCAUAUCCUUGUCACCUUAACACUGAAUGCAGUUGUUGUUCUGUUUGCAAUGUAUGUGCCAGACAUAAAAAAUGUAUUUGGAGUAGUUGGUUCAACCACAUCAACAUGUUUGCUUUUUGUAUAUCCUGGACUAUUUUAUCUUAAACUUAACAGAGAGGACUUUAUAUCACCACAGAAACUUGGGGCAUGUGCCUUGGUUGUUUUUGGCAUUUGUGUUGGCCUUCUCAGUUUGGUUCUAAUAAUUUUCAAUUGGGUUGAUCAGUAAGAGCUAUUGACACUCAGUUCAGAACUGAGCUCCAGGAGGACAGCAAGGAGCAGAGAGGUGCCAACACUGCUGCAGUGAGUGCUGCACAUCCCAAAGGAACACUGACCAAAGCUGCCAAGGAAGAAGUAAUGUUCCUUUCACCUCCAUUACUGAUGGUCCUUCUUUAAUCUUCAGUCACUCUUCAGUUACUGGACAAUUAAUCUUUGCCAUUCUAAAAUAUGAGUUUUUGAUGAUUUAAUAAGGACAGGUAAAAAGGCCUUGAGAAUUUCUGCAAUGCAAAAAUGGUUUAGGGCACAUGAUGAACAAAAGACAAACUUGAAAUAACUUGUCCUUUCAAAACAACAAGGUGAACAGACAUUA